UCAAAUCCUUGAAACUAAGCACAUAUAUUAAACAUUAUCAUAACUUUUCUCUUCACAAUGGCUUAUACUUCUGUCAUCAUGCAUUUCUUCCUCAUAUCACUAGCCCUUUUCUCAGUUUCUUCUUUAUCAGCUACUCAACCUCCUACUACUACAAAACCACACCCAUUUAUUCUUCCCAUCAGAAAAGACCCAUCAACCAAUCUAUUCUACACAUCAGUUGGCAUAGGAACUCCUAGAACAAAUUUCAAUCUAGCCAUUGAUCUUGCUGGAGAAAAUCUAUGGUAUGAUUGUGACACUCAUUAUAAUUCAUCAUCAUACACUCCUAUUCAAUGUGGCUCAACAAGAUGUACAGAUACUGCAUGUGUUGGCUGCAAUGGCCCAUUCAAGCCAGGUUGCACAAACAACACAUGUGCUGCUUCUGCAACCAACUCAUUAGCUAAAUUCAUUUUUGGUGGUGGCCUUGGUGAAGAUUUCAUUUUCAUUUCUCAACAAAAAGUUUCUGGCUUACUCUCAAGUUGCAUUGAUAUUGAUGGAUUUUCAUCUACCGCUGAGGAUGAUUCACCACUCAAUGGCUUACCAAAAAACACUAAAGGAAUUUUUGGUCUUGCAAGAUCAAACCUUUCACUACCAACUCAACUUGCAUUGAAAAACAAGCUUCAACCAAAAUUCUCUCUUUGUUUGCCUUCUUCAAACAAACAAGGAUUCACUAACUUGCUUGUUGGAUCAAUUGCUGGAGACCCUUUUCAUGAAUUGUCCAAAUUUGUUCAAACCACGCCACUCAUUGUUAAUCCUGUCCCAACAGGUGCUAUUUCUGUUCAAGGUGCUUCUUCAAUUGAAUAUUUCAUUGAUGUGAAAGCUGUUAAGAUUGAUGGCAAUGUUUUGAACAUAAAGCCUUCUUUGUUGUCUAUUGACAAAAAGGGAAACGGUGGCACCAAAAUUAGUACAAUUAGUCCUUUCACUGAAUUGCAAACUUCUGUGUACAAGCCCUUUAUUCGUGAUUUUCUCAAAAAGGCUUCAGAUAGAAAACUAAAGAGAGUGGAAUCAGUGGCACCAUUUGAGGCAUGUUUUGACUCUUCUAGCAUUAAAAAUUCUGUACCAAGAGUUGAUCUUGUGCUUCAAGGUGGAGUGCAGUGGACUAUUCAUGAAGCCAAUUUGAUGGUUAAUGUAAAGAAAAAUGUAGCAUGUCUUGGAUUUGUUGAUGGAGGGACAGAGCCAAGAAUGUCAUUUACCAAAACUUCAAUUGUUAUUGGUGGACAUCAAUUGGAAGACAAUCUUUUGGUGUUUGAUUUGGCUUCUUCCAAAUUGAGCUUCAGUUCCUCACUUUUGGUCCAUAGUGCAAGUUGUUCCUAAAUCCUACUCUUAAAGCAAUGGCAUAGGUUUAUUAAGCAUUUAGCUUAUAUUAUUCGGAUUGAAUGUUGCAGCUUAGAUUUCUCGUUUUUCUUUUGUUUGCUUUGUUGUUUCGUUCUGUAUUUUGUUGGACACAACAUAUAUGAUGUAAUUGUGUUUUGCACCGUGAGGAAAUAUAUACAAUUAUUUUUGCGAUGAA